AUGAAGCGCAAGUGUGAGGAUAGCACGCAGCACGUGCAGCUCCAGGCGCUGCGCGUGAAGGCAGCUGAGCUCAUCGCCACGGCCGGGGAGUCCAACGGGGAGGGUAAGGCGAAGUACAAGAAGGUGGUGAAAGACUUCAUCGAUGCUGGCGGGGCCACGGAUGACCUCAUCGUGCGCAUCGGCACCCAGUUCUUCGGGUGCCCUGCGGCCAAAACCAGCCAGGGACCGGUGGAGGACGCCCCCUUCGAGGGAUCCAGACUCCUAGACUUCGACUACCUUGAGAAGUUUAUGGUGGACUGCUUUGUGGCUUCCGGGACGCCCGAGAAGGAGUCCAAGGUCUGCGCCAACGUGCUGAUCGAGGCCGACAAGAGGGGGAUCGACAGCCAUGGCAUCGGCAGACUGAAGUCCAUCUACAUGGACAGGAUCAAGAGCGGCAUAUUGAAGCCCUUCGCCCCCAUCGACGUGAUCCGGGAGACGGAGACGACGGCCUUGAUCGACGCCAACAUGGGCAUCGGCCUCUACGUGGGCCCCCAUUGCAUGGACAUCGCCAUCAACAAGGCGAAGAAGUACGGUCUUGGCUUUGUGGCCGUUCGGAACUCGACCCACUACGGCAUCGCGGGCUACUAUGCGACGAUGGCCACCUCCAGGGGGUGCAUCGGCUUCUGCGGGACCAACGCGCGCCCGUCCAUCGCGCCCACCUUUGGGGUGGAGCCCUGCCUCGGUACCAACCCACUCUGCUUCGGCAUCCCGACGGACGAGGCCUUCCCCUUCGUGAUUGAUUGCGCCACUUCCAUCUGCCAGCGCGGCAAGGUGGAGAAGUACGCCCGGAUUGGCAGCGCCACGCCCAAGGGCAUGGUCAUCGACUCCACAGGGGAGGAGCGGACGGACACCGAGGGCAUCCUGAAGGGCAUGGUCAAGGGGGACUGUGCCCUGUGCCCGAUGGGAGGCGGGGGCGACGAGCUGGGAGGCUACAAAGGCUACUCCUGGGCCACCGUGGUAGAGCUCCUCAGCAUCGCCUUUCAGGGUGGUGACUUUGGCCGGGCACUGUCGGGUGUUGGACCUGACGGUAAGCCGUCGCCCAUGUCCCUGGGACAUUUCUUCUUGGCCAUCAACGUAGAGGCAGUCUGUGAUGCCGACGCCUUCAAGAAGAAGAGUGGUGACUUCCUGAGGUACCUCCGAGGCUCAGCGAAGGACCCAAAUGGCCCCGGCCGAAUAUGGACGGCUGGGGAGGAUCAGUACGACUACAGGAACCAACGUACGGCCAAUGGCGGCGUUAUGGUCCCGCCUGCACUGUUGAAAGACAUGAAGAGCCUGAGAGAAUACCUACCUGGCCUUCCGGAGAAGUAUCCCAAGUUUUGUUUCGAGGACUGA